CUGCGAAGUCUGUUAAUGUUAAUGUGAUGUUGAUAUUUUGUGAAUUAUGUGUAUUCAGAACUAAGUGUAAUUUUAAAUUUUAAUUAUGUUAUCAUUUUAACGUUUUUAAAAAUAAAAGUAACUUAUAUUUUCAAUUUCUGUUUGAAAAAUAAAAGUAACUCUUUUAUCUUCAAUUUCUGUCUCCUGGAGCGGCUAAUAUGAAGAAAUCAGCCGCCCCUAGUUUCCGAUCUGGAAUUAAGCGGAUGCGCUUUUUAACUCCAUUUCUUAAAGUCGAUAUUGAUAAAGAAAACGAAUUCUUCGAAAAUUUGGACCACAAAACUGUUAAAGAUUCCAAUACUAUACAAUCGGCGAAUACUACGGUCAUACCGACUUUGUCUAAGUCAAAUAAGCCAUCAACAAGUAGCUCAGAAUCAAUGUUUCAGAAUAGUAGUACAUCCACGUGUGUAAACAAAGAUACUGAAAGCAAUGUUCGUAGUGAUGAGGAAAUUUUGAAACUUAUUUCAGAAGUAGAUGAAGGAAAAUCAAAUAGUGUAAAUGCAAUAGAAACAACAUCAACAGCUAAUUUCCUAGAUGAUGCUAGGACUGAAUGCUUAUUUGAACCAUAUAUGUUUUCCCAGAAUAUUAAUAUCUCAUCAAUAUUGGGUGUUUUAAAUCACAGAAUAAAUGAAUAUAAUUCUGAAUUUCCGAAAGAAUCAGGGUAUAUCUCAGAGUCAAAAAAUAAAAUUGAUGCAGUUUUGGACCCUUUCCAGCAUCCUGAAAAUAUUCAAGGAAAAGGAGAUUUGGAUUUUCAAAGAGUUUCUUCUCCAAAGUCCUUUGAAAUUGAUGCAGUUUUGGACCCUUUCCAGAAUCCUGAAAAUAUUCAAGGAAAAGGAGAUUUGGAUUCUCAAAGAGUUUCUUCUCCAAAGUCCUUUGAAUAUAAAAUUUAUAGUGUAUUGCAUUGUAAACGAUCUUCCAAAAAGCACAAAAUUUGGGAAGGCGAUGGUAUGCUGAUAGUACAAAAUCGUUCAGCAAUUCUGAAAGACAUGGAAGGAAAAGAAAUUGCUCGAGCUGUGGGUUAUAAAUUGAAGGAUACUGAAUCAUUGGAAGAAGGUAGUAAAUUCUUUAUUGGAGGAAAAGAGUGUGAGGUUUGUUAUCAUCUUUAUAUUAAAUUGUAUACAUUAACUGAUAUGCAAGAUUACAUUAAAAUAAUCAAUUAA